GAGAAUGCUCUUAGAUUUUAAACUUAAAGCAUAAAAGCUACAGUCCCAUCCAAUCAGACACCCAAACCAAAAUCAAUAUGUCAUUGCCUCAGUGGUUUCCUACUAUCUUCAUCGUUCUCGUCUUUUUCUUCUGUAGCUUAGCAUUACCCUCACAUGGAAGCUCACACGCAGUAGUAGCUGAAGAAGAAGAUGCCACAGUCGUUGGAUACGGCUACGUCGUUAGAUCAGUGGCCGUUAAUUCCAACCAGAAGCUUCUGACGGCGGAGCUUGAUCUGAUUAAACCGUCGUCCGUUUACGCACCAGAUGUUCAAACGCUUAGCCUUCAUGUCAGCUUGGAGACUAGUGAGCGUUUGAGAAUCAGACUCACAGAUUCUAAUCAACCAAGAUGGGAGAUACCGCAAACCGUCGUUCCUCGUGCCGGAAACCUCUCUCUUCGCCGUUUCUUAUCGGAGGAAGACGGAGGGAGCUCGUUGGAGAACAAUUUGCUGGAAGAUCCAUCAUCCGACUUAUUUUUCACCCUCCACAACACCACGCCGUUUGGUUUCUCCGUUUCCAGACGAUCCUCCGGUGACAUCCUCUUCGAUGCAUCGCCGGGUUCAUCAGAUCCAAAUACUUACUUGGUCUUCAAAGACCAAUUCCUUCAACUAUCUUCCGCGUUACCGGAAAACCGAUCGAAUCUGUACGGCCUCGGAGAGCACACGAAGCGGUCUUUCAAGCUAGUUCCCGGCGACACCAUGACUUUGUGGAACGCCGACAUCGGUAGCGAGAAUCCGAAUGUUAACCUCUACGGAUCGCACCCGUUCUACAUGGAUGUGAGAGGAUCGAACGGCCACGACGACGAAGCAGGGACGACUCACGGCGUUCUCUUGCUGAACAGCAACGGAAUGGACGUGAAGUACGAGGGGAGUCGGAUUACUUAUAAUGUGAUCGGCGGCGUCAUCGAUCUCUAUGUGUUCGCCGGACCAUCGCCGGAGAUGGUGAUGAAUCAGUAUACAGAGUUUAUCGGAAGACCUGCCCCUAUGCCUUACUGGUCAUUUGGGUUUCAUCAGUGUCGGUAUGGGUACAAGAAUGUCUCAGACCUUGAAUCUGUGGUUGAUGGAUAUGCAAAAGCUGGAAUACCUCUUGAGGUUAUGUGGACAGACAUUGAUUACAUGGACGGCUACAAAGACUUCACUUUCGACCCCGUGAAUUUCCCUGAGGACAAGAUGAAAUCAUUCGUGGAUAGACUUCACAAGAGCGGUCAGAGAUACGUGCCGAUCUUGGAUCCUGGAAUCGGUGUGAAUAGCUCUUACGGAACAUAUGUUAGAGGAAUGGAAGCGGAUGUUUUCAUAAAACGAAAUGGUAAGCCUUAUCUCGGCGAGGUUUGGCCUGGAAAAGUAUACUACCCUGACUUUUUGAAUCCAGCUGCUGCAACUUUCUGGAGCAACGAAAUCAAGAUGUUCCAAGAAAUUCUCCCAUUCGAUGGUGUGUGGAUUGACAUGAACGAGUUAUCGAAUUUCAUAACUUCUUCACCUGUGUCCUCUGGAUCGUCACUCGAUGAUCCUCCUUACAAGAUUAACAAUUUCGGGGGCAAAACGUCGAUAAACCAGAAGACGGUACCCGCAACAUCUAUCCAUUUUGGAAACGUUAGUGAGUACAAUGCGCACAACUUGUAUGGACUCUUGGAAGCUAAAGCCACUCACCAAGCUAUGGAGGAUGCAACGGGCAAGAGACCUUUUAUUUUGUCAAGAUCCACGUUUGUGAGCUCGGGGAAAUACACGGCUCACUGGACCGGAGAUAACGCUGCAAAGUGGGAGGAUUUGGCUUACUCGAUCCCUGGGAUUCUCAACUUUGGGCUGUUUGGGAUUCCAAUGGUUGGAGCUGAUAUUUGUGGUUUCUCAUAUGAUACCACCGAGGAAUUAUGUCGUCGAUGGAUCCAGCUUGGAGCUUUUUACCCUUUUGCAAGAGAUCAUUCGUCCAAGGGUACUGCUAGACAAGAGCUAUAUCUGUGGGAUUCGGUUGCUUCUUCUGCAAGAAAGGUUCUCGGCCUCCGUACGAGACUGCUCCCACAUCUCUACACACUCAUGUAUAAUGCGCACGUUAGCGGCAUUCCGAUCGCGCGACCGCUCUUCUUCUCUUUCCCUCGAGACGCUAAAACCUAUGAGAUCAGUUCGCAGUUCUUGAUCGGUAAAAGCAUAAUGGUAUCUCCGGCGCUGGAGAAAGGUACGGUGGCCGUCGAUGCAUAUUUCCCCGUGGGAAACUGGUUCGAUAUGUUUAACUAUUCGUUCGCCGUCGGUGGUGACUCCGGCAAGCGCGUUAAGCUUGAUACUCCGGCCGAUCACGUCAAUGUUCAUGUUCGAGAAGGUAGCAUUGUGGCUAUGCAAGGAGAAGCAAUGACAACUAGAGAAGCCAGAACGACACCGUAUGAGAUUCUAGUUGUAGCCAGCAAGCUUGAGAACAUCUCCGGCGAACUGUUUCUGGAUGACGGCGAAAACAUACGGAUGGGAGAGGGAGGAGGGAACCGUGAUUGGACACUAGUGAAGUUCCGGUGCUAUGUGACCGGAAAAUCCGCGGUACUAAGAUCGGAAGUGGUGAACCCAGAGUAUGCGUCGAGAAUGAAAUGGAGCAUCGGGAAAGUGACGUUUGUAGGGUUCGAGAACGUGGAGAGCGUGAAAGCGUACGAGGUAAGGACAGGCGAGAGAUUGAGGAGUCCGAAAAUCUCUCUUCUCAAGACGGUUAUGGACGACGAUGGUCAGAAGUUUAUGAGUGUGGAGGUUUCUAGACUGUCGUUGCUUGUUGGGAACAAGUUCGAGAUGCGAUUGAAAUUGGCUUAAAAAAGAACAAGUACAUAUGAAAAGUAUAUAAACCCACUUUGAUGAUAUAAAUUGUGGAUGCUUAAAUGUAAUGAAUAAAGAAAGGCUUGCGGCGAUUAAAAGAUUUCAUAAAACUUUAUAAAAAACUCCAAAGGAAAAUAGUUAUUAA